AUGACUGCUCAGAGUUGCCAGAAGAGUUACGCAGAUCGACGGUGGAGGCCUUUGGAAUUUGAAGGGGGUGACCAUGUGUUUUUGAAAGUUUCACUAGUGACUGGCAUUGGUAGAUCCAUCAAGGCCAAAAAGCUGACUCCUCGAUAUCUUGAACCUUAUGAGAUUUUGGAGCGGAUUGGACUGGUUGCUUAUCGAAUUACUUUACCACUGCAUCUCUUUAAUGUGCACAAUGUCUUUCAUGUGUCACAACUCAAGAAGUAUCAUCUAGAUCCAUCUCAUGUGAUUGAGCCUGAGGAGAUUGAGUUACAAGAGAAUCUUACCUUUUGA